CGGUGACGGAGUGAGGUCCGGAGCGUGGGCCGUGGCUCUCACGAAUCCGGCUCCGCCCUCCCUCCUGCAGCCGACCCUACGAGGCUAGCGCCUGCGAUCCCUUUCCCAGAGUGCUCUGCGCCGUGAAGAAGCGGCUCCCGGGGACUGGGGGCAUUUUGUGUUGGCUGGAGCAGGAGUAACAAGAUGGCGGCGUCGACGGAGUGACUGGGGUCCCUCCGGGCCGAAGCCGGCAGCAGUGGUGGCAGAGUUACCGCCGCCCUAACCUAACCGUGCCUCACCUCCAGCCCGCCGCGUCGCGGUGAGAGCGAGCCGGCGGCGGCCGCCGAGGAACAAGUGGCCUGGCCCUGGUAACCACGACCCCCCCUCAGCCCGCGGCCUGGCGGAGCGGGACGCGGCCGAGCGGCGGUGACCGGUUCUCCUGGGCUCUGCAACGCCGGGACGGACCUCCGUUCUCCAUCUUGCGCCGCCCUCCUCGGCUCCGCCGGGCGCGCCGGCCCCGGAAGCCUCCGUCCGCCCCGUAGAGGUGUCGGGGCUCGGCCCCAGCCUCCAUCUUCGCGUUCAGGAUGGCGAGCAGCAGCGGCUCCAAGGCCGAGUUUAUUGUCGGAGGGAAAUAUAAACUGGUGCGGAAGAUCGGGUCUGGCUCCUUCGGGGACAUUUACCUAGCGAUUAACAUCACCAACGGCGAGGAAGUGGCAGUGAAGCUAGAAUCUCAGAAGGCCAGGCAUCCCCAGUUGCUGUACGAGAGCAAACUCUAUAAGAUUCUUCAAGGUGGGGUUGGCAUCCCCCACAUACGGUGGUAUGGUCAGGAAAAAGACUAUAACGUGCUAGUCAUGGAUCUUCUGGGACCCAGCCUUGAAGACCUCUUCAAUUUCUGUUCAAGGAGGUUCACAAUGAAAACUGUACUUAUGUUAGCUGACCAGAUGAUCAGUAGAAUCGAAUAUGUGCAUACAAAGAAUUUUAUACACAGAGACAUUAAGCCAGAUAACUUCCUAAUGGGUAUUGGGCGUCACUGUAAUAAGUGUUUAGAAUCUCCAGUGGGGAAGAGGAAAAGAAGCAUGACUGUUAGUACUUCUCAGGACCCAUCUUUCUCAGGAUUAAACCAGUUAUUCCUUAUUGAUUUUGGUUUGGCCAAAAAGUACAGAGACAACAGGACAAGGCAACACAUACCAUACAGAGAAGAUAAAAACCUCACUGGCACUGCUCGAUAUGCUAGUAUCAACGCACAUCUUGGUAUUGAGCAGAGUCGCCGAGAUGAUAUGGAAUCAUUAGGAUAUGUCUUGAUGUAUUUUAAUAGAACCAGUCUGCCAUGGCAAGGACUAAAGGCUGCAACAAAGAAACAAAAAUAUGAAAAGAUUAGUGAAAAGAAGAUGUCUACUCCUGUUGAAGUUUUAUGUAAGGGGUUUCCUGCAGAAUUUGCCAUGUACUUAAACUAUUGUCGUGGACUGCGCUUCGAGGAAGCCCCGGAUUACAUGUACCUGAGGCAGCUAUUUCGCAUCCUUUUCAGGACCCUGAACCACCAAUAUGACUACACAUUUGAUUGGACAAUGUUAAAGCAGAAAGCCGCACAGCAGGCAGCCUCUUCCAGUGGGCAGGGUCAGCAGGCCCAAACCCCCACAGGCAAGCAAACUGACAAAACCAAGAGUAACAUGAAAGGUUUCUAAGCAUGAAUUGAGGAGCAAAAGAAGCAGAGCAGAUGAUCGGAGCAGCAAUUGUUUCUCCCCAAAUCUAGAAAUUUUAGUUCAUAUGUACACUAGCCAGUGGUUAUGGACAACCAUUUACUUGGUGUAAAGAACUUAAUUUCAGUAUAAACUGGCUCCGGGCAGCAUUGGUGAUGCUAUGUCCUGAGUUGUAGCCGCUGUAAUUGUGAAUAUUAACUGAGAUAGUGAAACAUGGUGUCUGGUUUUCUAUUGCAUUUUUUCAAGUGGAAAAGUUAACUAAAUGGUUGACACACACAAAUUGGUGGAGAAAUUGUGCAUAUGCCAAUCUUUUGUUAAAACCUUUUAUUUUGAACUAUACUGCUUUGAGAUCUCAUUUCAGAAGAACGGCAUGAACAGUCUUCAGCCACAGUUGUGAUGGUUGUAAAUGCUCACAAUUGUGCAUUCUUAGGGUGUCCAUCGCUGCGGUUUGCAAGUUGUUCACUUAAAACAUUCUUUCAGUGGUUGGCUUCUUGUUUGCAAGCCAGCUGACAUGGUAGCAACCAAAGAUUCCAGUGUUUGAGCAUAUGAAAGACUCUGCCUGCUUACCUGUGCUAGAAAUAACAGCAUCUAAAGUGAAGACUUAAGAAAACUUAGUGACUACUAGAUUAUCCUUAGGAUUCUGCAUUAACUCUAUAAUGUUCUUGGUAUUAAAAAAACAAAAAGCAUAUUUGUCACAGAAAUUUAGUUAACAUCUUACAACUGAACAUGUAUGUAUGUUGCUUAGAUAAAUGUAAUCACUGUAAACAUCUAUAUGAUCGGGAUUUUGUUUUUAUUUUGAAAUGGGAGCUUUUUUGUUUACAAGUUCAUUAAAAACUAAAAACUGUUUCUGAGAUUUUUUUAAGGAACAACAAAAUGCCUUGCUGACUAUGAAGUAAAAGUGUCCCCAUAUUUUGAUAGAUUAAUUCAAGCCAUUUGUUCCAUGAUAUUCUUUUGCAAGCUGGUCAAGCUUUAGUGUGUAAAUUCUCAUUUUUAAUGUUUUUUUUUUUCUUUUAGUCUAAAGGGAAAAGGCAUUCUUUCACUCUUUUUUUAAUGACUAGCAGGCACAGUACUUAGUACUGCAGCUGCUGGAAAUUGGCAUUGUAACUUCUGCUGCUACUGAUGAGCAGCUGGACUGAUUUUGAAAAAGAAUUAAAAGCGUUAAAGGGUUUAACUAGAGAAUAUUUUUCUUUGAAGUACUUGUGAAAUGGCUGUAAGCAGUAGACUUAUCCCCUGGACAGUGUCCUCUGUGUGAAGUUCAAGUGGUUGUUGACCCUAUAGCCCCAACCCGCUUCUAUAGGUCCCCUGUGUGUGCGUGUGUGCUUCCUCUCAGUCUUACUGUGUACUCUUUCUGAUCGAAAAGAAAGGAAAACUUAUUGACAAUAACUCUUAUCAAAUAGUGUAACUUAUUCAUUUAUAGCAUGUCAGGAUAAAUUAAAAGAACAUUUGUCUGAAAAUGUUGCCAGGAGCCUAUUGUGUAAAUGUAGGUAUUUUGUCAAAUAACCUUGAAAACACUGUAAAAUGAUGUGUUUGGUCAGAUGGUGUCGGUUCAAUUUGUUUUGUUUGUUUUGUUUUUUUUUUUCUAAAUUUGAAAUCCACUUUAGCAAUAAUUUCAUGAUUGCCACAUUCUGCCAUUAAAGGAUAUGUUAGUACUAUAAUAACUGAAGAAAACUGAGUUAAGUCUGAACUUCGGGGGUAGGCAGCUGCUUUGUUUCUUUUCUAACCAUCCUGUCAGUUAAGGUAUUUGUUGACAAAUAAACCCUUUGAUACUUUUAGCCAGAAGUCAGUCUCAUAAAGCUAUUUUUCAGUAUAGUUUGUGUAAAAUAAAACUUUCGCCUUGGUGGUAACUUUUCCUAGCUGAACUCCCUCUAGCAAGAUAUUUUCCAGUGCUUUUAUUUACUAUGCACUUAGACUAUGCACUUUUUCUGAAAUAUUUUUGUAACACGUUUUUGUAUUUUUGCCAUUUGAAAAAGUUGUAUGGUGUAGUUGGUUUGUAAUUAAGUUGCAGAUUUAAAACCGCUGUCAGCUUUGUAAAUCCAGAUGCAGGCUUCUUGUCCUGGUAUAUUGUCCUUCCAUCUGCAGUUGAAGCUGGAAAUCCCAUUGAUCCUCUAGCUACCAUUCAUUUUCUUCACAGUUCACAAAAGAAGAAUGUGAAAUUCAGUGAAUGUUGUUAACAAUCCUGUCGGGAGAUGAAUCUCACUUCACCAAAAUUAAAUUAUGUUUUUCCACUAAAAUGAUACAAGUUGAAGACACAUCACUCUGACAUUGGAAGACCUCACUACUAAAGGCUCCACAGUGGCUUAUUCGGCUGAACUCUAGGUUACCCUCUUUAAUUUGUUUGCCCAUUGGGAGGGGGGGGAGUCACUUUUUUUUGUUUUUGGUGUUUUUGUUUUUGUUUUUUUCUUUCCAUUGUUGGGAGAUGGCCAUUCUAUCAUUGUUGAAUGUCUGUUUGGGGAAGGUAUAACGAGAAAAUAAAAAAGAAUAUAUGAAGGGAGAGACUGGUUAUCUCCUCCCAAAUGCUUGUGCUUAUAA